AUGUCCUCCGCUCCUCGGAGCACGAGCCGUCCCACCGGAAUACGCAGAAACAGGGAGCGAUUGGCCUGCAAGCCGUGCCGGCAGCGGAAGCUAAAAUGUGAUCGGAGUAUCCCAUGUAGCAGCUGUGUACGCAGAAGAGCAGCAGCAUGCUGCUCCUACGGGCCAUCAAGCGACAAUACCGAAAGGAUGGAUGGCACGGACAACACCAGCAACAACCCAGAGUGGCGUGUUCAUGCAUAUUCACGCCUUGAUCAAUUGGAAAACCUCGUUGAAACGUUUGUGAGGCAGCGUACUGAGGCCACUGUCACGACGAUCGACGACACUCUGCCUACCACACCAACCGAAGACCAAGGCGCCAUUGGACUAUCCAGUGGCGGGCUUGACGCUCCUAGUCCUUCCCAACUGAUCCAAAGCGGCAUGACACAUUGGUCAGCUGUGCUAGAAGAUAUACAGGCCUUUAGACGUUCCGAGAACACGGAUGCGAUGCUCAGCACUCCUAGAGCAGCAGCCGGGAUAGGUGUCAUGUUUGGAACUCAUGUCUCAAACACGCUGAGCAUUGAAGACAUCCUUAAGAGGCAUCUUCCUUCGCAGAGGGACACGGACCGCCUGGUUUCUAUCUAUUUUCGAGAUCGCUCUGCUGCUGCUCCGUUCAUACAUGCCUCGCAAUUUCAGAGACAAUAUCGUGAUUUCUGGAAUAGGCCCGGCGAAACCUCAUCACUUUGGAUCUCAAUUCUUUUCUCGAUCCUCCAUAUCGCUGCUACUUCUGCUACAGUCUGGAGAGAUAUCGAAAAGAUCAGGGUUGGGUUUGCAGAAGCCGCUGCUCAGUGUCUUGCUCUAGGCGAAUAUUUUCUCCCCAAACCUUUUGCGAUUGAAGCACUAUUACUCUACACACAGUCACAGUACAUCACUUCUCUUGAAAUCCCGCCAUUUAUGGGAUCUCUGCUUAGCAUCAUCGUCCGUCUUGCCACGACGGCGGGUUAUCACAGGGAGGAUGGUGCAUCCGGCCUGAGUCCUUUCGCGAAGGAGAUGCGUCGUAGGACUUGGUCCGUAUGUGUGCAACUUGAUCUCCUGAUUUCCUUUCAUAUGGGACUCCCGAGCAGUGUUCAGUUCUCGGCUUGGAACAUCCAAGCGCCAAACAACCUUCUCGACUCCGACUUCGAUGAGGAUAGCGUUCAAUUACCUACCGCCCGACCAGACACCGAGUUUACAGGUGUUAUAUUCUGUAUCUUGAAACACAGAUUCAUGGGGGUUUUUGAGAAAAUUCUCCAACAGGUACUACUUACUGGCACCCCAAAGCCAACGAAUGACGAUGUCGACCUCUUAGACAUUGAAAUCAAAACCAUCUAUGAUACCUUGCCAGAUAUCUAUCGAACACGACCUCUUAAUAGCUCCGUAAUUGAUUCAUCAAAACUUAUCGUCACCCGUCUUUGCAUCUCAACCAUUUACUACAAAUGUCUCUGCGUCUUACACCGCCCCCAUGUAUCGAAAUCUCGAGGCAACAGCAUCAGGGAGUGCUAUGUCGCGUCAACUGCUCUCAUACGGAUCAUUACAGAUGUCUACGCUGAAUGCACAACUGGCGGUCGACUAGAAACAGAAGAGUGGUUUAUGAAGAGUAUCACCUGGCGCGACUUGCUACUUGGUACAAGUACUCUCUGCCUCGUUCUAUGUGCAACUAAUUGGAAGCUGGAUGAAAGCCCGAUGGACAGGCCCGAGACUCUAGCUCUGCUGGAAACUGCCAGAGCAGUGAUUCAGGCUGAGCAAGCAAGGUCCGAGAACAAGGACAGCUCUAGCGUUCUAUCAAUCAUCGAUACCGCAAUCUGCGAAUUCAGAGACCAGCAAGAUGAGCCUGUCCCGUUACCAACGAGCGUUGAAGAAAUGUCUUAUGAUCGGACGCGUUGGAACUGGGAGAGCAGUGAGAAUGGUGUGUCAAACGACUUUGAAUUGGUUCACUUUAGCGGGUUCAUGGGUGCUUCUGACCGCCGUUUGUAA